AUGUCCUCAUCACCAGACCAGCUCUAUCAUCCCACCUUGAAACAAAGCCUCCGCGGCAAACUCACUUCGUCAACACUGGAAUUUUUCAAUCUAAAAUAUGCACGCAUACCAGCCCGGUAUCAAGAUUCUAUCCUAAACGAUGAACCGCUCAAGGCAGGAGCAGACGGCGUGGUAGACAGCACCCACUUCGGUCCCUCAUGUCCCCAGCACCGCGGAGCCCAAGCGUGGGAUCUAACGCUGGUCGGCAGCGCGAAACUCAAUUAUGCCCAGGGCCAAGGUCCCACAGAGAGUAUGGAUGAAUUUGAAUGUCUAAAUUUGAACGUUACGUUGCCAAAUUUGGGUCUUGACAAUGAUGCUACGGCGCCAGGGCUACUCCCAGUCUUUGUAUGGGUGCAUGGUGGCGGAUUGAGUGUGGGAUCGAAUAACUGGCCUCAGUACCAGAUGCGGCGGUUCGUGGAGCGUAGUGCAGAGAUCGGGAAACCCAUCAUUGGGGUUGGGAUAACCUAUCGCGUCAACAUAUUUGGUUUCCUAGCAGGCAAAGAGAUUGGGUCGCGGGGAAACAUGGGUUUCAAAGACCAGUUGCAGGCGUUUCGGUGGAUCAAACGGCACAUCGCGGGGUUUGGAGGCGACCCGAGUAAUGUUACCGCGGUGGGAGAGUCGGCGGGUGGGAUAUCGCUUUCGACGCUGCUUUGUGCUAAUGUGGGGGACGAGGGGUUGUUUGAGAGAGUGGCGCUGAUGAGUGGCGAGGUGACACUGAGGAAGUGGCGGAAUGGAUGGUGGCAGCAGAAGAUGCUGGAAGAUCAGUCGACGUAUUUGAAAUUGGAAAGGAGGGAUACCGAAAGCAGAAGGAGAGCACUGCUCGAUAUGGAUGCGGAAGAGCUGGCACAGAAGAUGCCAAUGUUUCAACAAUGGACUGCGGCUGUUGAUAAUGAGUUUUUCACUGCCCGAGUGACAAUAGAGUCGGUCAUGGAUGGAAAGAGCAAUGUGCACAAGCCUUCUUGGUGUAAGGAGAUUGUGAUAGGAGAUACAGGACAUGAUGGGACUGUUCUCAAGGGCAGGGUUCUCGACCCCCCUAAUGCGUUGGGUCGACUCAAACAGGCAUGUGCAAAAUACCUCACGGCAUCUGAGACGCAGAGACUCCUAGCCGCGUACAAGCUGGAAAGACCGUUGCCAAAGGAACAAGAGGCAGAACGGCUACUCGAUCUGGUCGGCGACCUGCGCUUCCACUUAGCAGCACUGUCAGCGUAUCGAGGCUGGAAAGAUGCUUCUCCGCCAAGACGCGCCUCACGAUAUCAUUUCCAUGUUCCCAAUCCUAUCGAUGGUCCGUUCAAGGGCUUAUCUUCUCACGAACUUGAUGUCGCAUACCUUUUUAACAACUUUGAAGAGCAUCUGGAUGAGCACAACAAAAGUGUUGCGCGGGCAAUGCAGGACCGUUUUAUUAGAUGGGCCAAUGGAGAGGGGUGGGUCAAGGAGGGUAAAUUCGUAGUGUUUGAUGGUAACGGAGUAACGGAAGUUGACGAAGCUCAUUACGAUUCCAUAUAUCGUAAUGGAAGAGGUGCAAUAUUAGGGGAUAUUGGACUGACCAAACUGUGGCACGUUGCUGACGUGUGGCAGGGUGUACGGCAAGAGGACGAAGAACUUAUCAAGUCGAAACUAUAG